AUGAUGCUUCAAAUCACACUCUCAUCUCCAUUUCUCCUCUCUUCUUGCUCAUCAGCUCACAGACUCAAUCCUCUUCUCUUCUCUAAACGACGGCGUUGCCCCAUCAAGCUUUCUCACUUCCGUUUCAAUCUUCUGUCCAAAACCAGAUUCUUUAAAGUUGCUGCGGCUGCAACAGAAAAUGGUGUAUUUACUUCUCCAGAAAUCGCAAAGUCAUUUGAUUUCUCUUCAGAAGAACGAAUUUACAAUUGGUGGGAAUCUCAAGGAUUUUUUAAGCCAACUUUUGACCGGGGGAGUGAUCCUUUUGUGGUAUCAAUGCCACCUCCAAAUGUUACUGGUUCAUUGCACAUGGGGCAUGCAAUGUUUGUGACUCUUGAGGAUAUCAUGGUUAGAUACAAUCGUAUGAAAGGAAGACCAACACUGUGGCUUCCUGGUACUGAUCAUGCUGGUAUUGCAACUCAGUUGGUUGUAGAAAAAAUGCUUGCAUCUGAAGGAAUUAAAAGGACUGAUCUGAGCAGAGAUGAGUUCACAAAACGAGUUUGGGAGUGGAAGGAGAAAUAUGGUGGAAGUAUUACAAAUCAGAUUAAGAGACUUGGUGCUUCAUGUGAUUGGACUAGAGAACAUUUCACUCUUGAUGAGCAGCUAAGUCAAGCUGUGAUUGAGGCUUUUAUCAGGCUUCACGAGAAAGGCCUAAUCUAUCAAGGCUCGUACUUGGUUAACUGGUCUCCUAAUCUACAGACUGCGGUUUCAGACUUGGAAGUAGAAUAUUCUGAAGAACCUGGCACUUUAUAUCACAUCAAGUACCGAGUUGCUGGACAGAGUGACUUCUUGACGGUAGCAACAACACGGCCAGAGACUUUAUUUGGUGAUGUAGCUAUUGCUGUAAAUCCCAAGGAUGACCGCUAUUCUAAGUUUAUUGGAAAGAUGGCAAUUGUACCCAUGACAUAUGGCCGCCACGUACCUAUUAUCGCUGACAGGCAUGUUGAUAAAGACUUUGGCACUGGUGUGUUGAAGAUAAGCCCAGGACAUGAUCAUAAUGAUUACUAUCUUGCUAGAAAGCUGGGUCUCCCUAUACUUAAUGUGAUGAAUAAGGAUGGGACCCUUAAUGACGUUGCUGGAUUGUACUGUGGUCUUGAUCGAUUCGAGGCACGAAAAAAACUGUGGUCAGAACUUGAGGAGACAGGAUUAGCUGUGAAAAAGGAGCCAUACACCUUACGGGUUCCCAGAUCCCAGCGUGGUGGAGAAAUAAUUGAGCCAUUGGUAAGCAAGCAGUGGUUUGUUACCAUGGAGCCCUUGGCUGAGAAGGCCCUUCGUGCUGUUGAAAAAGGAGAAUUAACCAUAAUGCCUGAAAGAUUUGACAAGAUUUAUAAUCAUUGGCUGUCAAACAUCAAGGAUUGGUGUAUAAGCAGACAACUAUGGUGGGGACACCGCAUACCUGUAUGGUACAUUGUAGGUAAAGACUGCGAAGAAGAUUACAUAGUUGCAAGGAAUGCUGAUGAAGCUCUUGAGAAAGCUUGUGAAAAGUAUGGGAAAAAUGUAAAAAUUUAUCAAGAUCCUGAUGUUUUGGAUACUUGGUUUUCAAGCGCUCUGUGGCCGUUCAGUACUCUUGGUUGGCCAGAUGUUUCAGCAGAGGAUUUUAAGAAGUUCUAUCCAACAACAAUGCUUGAAACUGGUGAGCAUGAAGAGAUGAGGAUUGCAUGGCUUGGGAGCAGGAGAGAGUUGGAAAUCGCAUCUUUCAUCACUGGAUUAGUCACAAUUCUCACCCCUUCUAUUCUUGGUUGUGGCAUUGCUGCUACGAUUCAGCAUGAUAUUUUGUUCUUUUGGGUGGCGAGGAUGGUCAUGAUGGGAAUUGAGUUUACUGGGACCGUUCCAUUUUCAUAUGUUUAUCUUCACGGGCUUAUCCGGGACUCACAGGGACGGAAAAUGUCUAAAACACUCGGUAAUGUAAUAGAUCCCCUUGAUACAAUCAAAGAGUUUGGCACUGAUGCUCUACGAUUCACUAUUUCUCUAGGAACUGCUGGCCAGGACCUUAAUUUGUCUACUGAGAGGUUGACUGCUAACAAGGCCUUCACCAACAAACUAUGGAAUGCGGGCAAGUUUGUGCUACAGAAUUUGCCUAGUCAAACUGAUGUAUCUGCUUGGGAAGCUAUAAUGGAUUAUAAGCUGUUGCAAUGGUUUAAUAAUUCCUUCACUUUGGUCAGGUAUAUUGAAGCCAGUAAAGCUCGCCUUUACCAGUCUGGAACUGGUUCAGCUUCUUCAGUGGCACAGGCAGCACUCCCUGAACGGAAAGAAGCACUUAUAGUAUCUCCUUGGCCCCCGACUUCACUUCCACAGUUUCCUAACUCCAUAAAAAAAUUUGAAAAUUUCAAAGCUUUGACUAGAGCAAUCCGCAAUGCUCGAGCAGAAUACUCAGUUGAGCCAGCCAAGCGUAUAUCUGCAUCUAUAGUUGCAAGUGAGGAAGUCAUCCAAUAUAUAUCUGUAAGUGCACUCCAUUUCCUUAAUCUGUCUUGUAGAAAAGGUAAUAUGGUCGGCAUUCAUCUUACUAUUUCUUCACAUGCUGUUUAUACAUGCGUCAUUGCUACAUCAUUCUUCCAUUGCAAUCUACAGAUGUUUAGUCUAGGGGAUGCAAACCAAUCAGUACAUCUGGUUGCGAGUGAGGGACUAGAAGCCUAUCUUCCUCUUGCAGAUAUGGUCGAUAUAUCUGCCGAAGUAGAACGCCUUUCAAAGCGCCUCUCUAAGAUGCAAGUGGAGUAUGAUGGACUUGUUGCUCGUCUCGGUUCCCGAAAAUUUGUAGAGAAAGCUCCUGAGGAUAUUGUCCGUGGGGUUCGAGAAAAGGCUGCAGAAGCAGAGGAGAAGAUAAACCUCACAAAGAACCGGUUGGCUUUCCUGAAAUCCUCUGUUAUGGUGUCACAAUAG